AUGGUGGAGGAGAACAAACGGCAUGCCAUGGACAUUGGUCGCCCAACUAAUAUCUGUCACGUAGCUCACGUAACAUAUGAUCGCUUCGAUGGUUUUCUUGGUCUUCCUUCUGAAUUCGAGCCAGACGUACCGAAGAAGCCCCCUAGUGCAAGUGCAACAGUGUUUGGGGUUUCUACAGAGUCAAUGCAGCUAUCAUACGACUCGAGAGGGAAUUGUGUUCCGACUAUACUCACGCUAUUACAAAGCCGGCUAUACGAACAAGGAGGUUUGCAGGUAGAAGGAAUUUUCAGAAUCACAGGAGAUAACAGUGAGGAAGAGUAUAUUCGAGAAGAGUUAAACAAAGGAGUCCUACCAGAAGGCAUCGAUAUCCACUGUCUCGCUGGACUUAUAAAGGCAUGGUUCAGAGAAUUACCGAGAGGAGUACUUGAUCCACUGCCAUCUCAACAAGUGAUGCAGUGUGAGUCAGAGGAGGAUUUUGUGAAGGUUGUAAGACUCUUGCCGCAAACGGAGGCUUCUCUUUUGAAUUGGGCAAUCAAUCUGAUGGCUGAUUUUGUAGAGUUUGAAGAUGUCAACAAGAUGACCUCCCGUAACCUUGCUUUAGUCUUCGCACCCAACAUGUCCCAGAUGGCAGAUCCUUUAACAGCAUUAAUGUAUGCGGUGCAAGUGAUGAACUUGCUGAAGAACCUCACGGACAAAACACUCAGAGAGAGGAAAAUUGCAACUUCUCAUAUCGAUUCUUUUGAAAACAGAACUGAAGAUGAAGAUGGUGAUGCGGAAGAAUAUAAUCAAGAGGAAGAAAUGUAUAUUUUUGAAGAAGACGAAGAUGAAGAUGCUGAUGAAACGGAUAACAAAGAUGAGAUAAUCGAAGAACCCGGGGAGAUAACAAAGCUUGCUGAUGAAAAGGAAAAAGAAGAUGAGAUAAUCGAAGAACCCGGAAUGAUAACACCGCUUGGUGAUGAAAAGGAGGAGGAAGAUGAGAUAAUCGAAGAAUCCGGGAGGAUAACACCGCUUGCUGAUGAACACAUACCAUCGAGUGAAGUGAAUGCUAAUGAUCAAAAGAAACAGGAAACAUGAAGACAGUUGUUUGGAGUUGGAAAAAGGCAUUAGAAGUACGUAUUGUGUGUUUCGAUUGAAUUCUCUUCUCUUUUUGUUUUCUUCGUUAUCUAAUGUGCAUGUAACUUAGGCUAAUUGUUCCAAAUACAACAUAUGCAUUUGUGUUUACAUGAAAACAUAUACAAUCUUUUUUCAUAUAA